GGGUCCCGCAUCGGCCGUUAAUCCGCCCUUUUUCGCUUUUCUCCUUCCCCUUGUAUCAGAUGCCUAACCACCAUUUCUGUCCUCGCUCUUUGAUCUGAGUUUCUUGUCCGUUCAUGCAUGGUAGAUUCGGCUGCUUACGUGCGCAAUACGAAUCCGAGACUCUUCGCGUCGAUCUGUUUGAGGAGAGGAGGAGCCUUUUGGGAUUCGUGAUCUGGAAUAUUAUCUACGUAUAUCAAAUGUCUAAUUUGCAAGGAGAUUACAACCAAAAGAUCGAUUAUGUCUUCAAAGUGGUGUUGAUCGGUGAUUCGGCGGUUGGGAAAACUCAGCUGCUGGCUCGGUUCGCUAGGAACGAGUUCAGCGUCGACUCUAAAGCCACCAUCGGUGUCGAGUUCCAGACUAAAACGCUCGUCAUCGAUAACAAAACCGUCAAAGCUCAGAUUUGGGAUACCGCUGGCCAAGAAAGAUACCGGGCGGUGACAAGCGCAUACUACCGUGGAGCUGUUGGGGCAAUGCUGGUCUAUGACAUGACCAAACGUCAAUCAUUUGAUCACAUGGCUAAAUGGCUGGAAGAAUUAAGAGGGCAUGCUGACAAAAAUAUAGUGAUUAUGCUAAUUGGAAACAAAUGUGAUCUUGGAAGCCUAAGAGCAGUACCAACAGAAGACGCGCAGGAGUUUGCACAAAGAGAGAACUUGUUCUUCAUGGAAACCUCUGCUCUCGAGGCCACCAAUGUCGAAACCGCGUUUCUGACUAUUUUAACAGAGAUUUAUCGUAUAAUCAGCAAGAAAACACUAACUGCUGAUGAUGAUGACGCUGAUGGGAAUUCAAGUCUCUUAAAGGGGACUAGGAUCAUCAUUCCCAGCGAGCAGGAGACUGGGAAAAGAGGUGGAUGUUGCGGCAAAUCGUAACUCUAAAAGAAAAAGACAAUACAUGAUCGUGUUUUUUUUGGUUCUUGUUGCUUUUGUUUUGUUCAUUCUUAACCAUACUUUCUUGACACGAAACAAUAAGCAGAUAUUUACUACAGAAAAAGUAUGAGUGUGAAACCGAGAGCCCCCCAUUUUCUGCAUACCACGCAACAUUUUCAGAUAGUGAUUGUUUAUUUUUUGGAGAAACUGAGAGUAGUAGGUGAAUGAAUAUAUUUUGUUUCACGUACGUCCAUAAUAUUUUUCUAUGGCCGUAAGUACACUACCAAAGUCUAAUUAUCUACAAUAACAACAAGAACAUAUCUUCCUCUAGUUCUCAUUGUCUGUGUGGUUAUUAUGUUCACAAUUACAAUUAACAGCCUGACGUAUUUAUGUGUUAUUAGUUUAUAUAUUUUGAUUGAUUUAGAAAUUUAUAUAGUAUUUACAAAUCCAAGUAAAACAUACUGAUUUUAAAGUUUUAUCGGAUUAGUAUUUACAAAUCUGGAAGUUUUUCAUCGGAUUUGAGUUGUAUUUUUUAAUAAAGAAAACUAUACAAAUCCAUUAUAAAAUCAAAUCUAUUAAUAAAUCUAUAUGAUUGAAUAACACAUGAUUUAAAUUAGAAUUUAUAAAUCAUAAAACCAAUAACACUUGAUUUCAAUAUGAACUUUAAAAUCAUAGAACCAAUAUAGAUUUAGUUUAGAUUUUUAAAUCCAUUAAAAUACACAAACCAAUAAUCCCACGAAUCUGUUGCAGAGGUUAGCUAUAAGCAUAAUUAAUUUAAAAUAUUAUAAUCAACUUUAUAUCGAAUCAUAUGAUGUUUUAAAUUACUUAAUGGAAAUAUGGAAAAGAGUAUUGUUUCUAAAAUCUAUUGUGCCUGAUAUGAAUAUGCAGCUUGAUUAGUGUAUAUUCUACGAGAAGCGAAUUAUAGAACAGAACAAAUUAAUGAAAGGGUGAAUUUGUAAGAUGACCAUAAUAGAAAAAGAAUUAAGAAUAUAGUCAUCUUUUGGUAAUUGUGUCAAUUGAUUACAUAAGUGGACAUUUUUCUCUUUUACAGCGCGUGAGCAUGAACACAACACAGCGGAUAAGAAAGACUAUUCUAUUUAUGAUGUGUAUAUGGAAUAGAUAAACAAUGUUCACACAAAGGGUAGUGUAGUGGAGGGAGGGAGGGAGGGAGGGAGGGAGAGAGAGAGAGAGAGAGAGAGAGAGAGAGAGAGAGAGAGAGAGAGAGAGAGAGAGAGAGAGAGAGAGAGAGAGAGAGAGAGAGAGAGAGAGAGAGAGAGAGAGAGAGAGAUGAAUCUAUACUAUAUGUUUAUGAUAGUAUAGAAUUAAAACCGUGUUAAUGAAAUAUCUGAUAAAAUUUAUAAAAUAUAAAUUUGUUUUGAAAGUUUCAAAACAUUUUAUGUGAAGAAAAAAAUCUAUGUUUUUAAAAUGUAAAAUACAAAGUUUAAUAAGUAUUGUAGCAGAAGUUGAAAUCAAUUAAAAAUAGAAGAGAGAACAUAUUUGUAAGAAGAAAAAAAAAUGUUCAAGUAAAUGUGGUAAAGAGUAAUAUGGCAAUUAUUACACAAAUAUCAUAGUUUAAGAGUUGUUAUUUGUAGAAAAUUAAUUUUGUUGUUUGUUACGUAUAUGUGUGCCAAUUUCCCUUAAUGAAAUCACAUAAGAAACCAUCAAUUCCUAAAACAUUAUCAAAGAUAAUAAAAGAAGCAAAAUCAGACCAUUUAUCAAACAACUUUUGUUACCUGUACUGAGAAUUAAAAAAAAAAAAA